GGCGUCACGCCUGCGAAGGUUGGAAGGGCCUUCAAGCACACAUUCUAAGACGAUGAAUCAUCAACAUUCAGAAACAGUUUCCGACAUGUCAAAAGACCUAGAUACCAGUCAUGACAAAACAAGAAAUGAUAUUAAAAGAAUAGAGACAAUCGAAUCAACAUUGGCAAGAAUAGUACCACAGUUUGAAUCUUAUAUUCAAAACAAGACGGAUGAUAUAAAACAUAGAAUGCACGAACAACGCAUAGACAAGAUUGAAUCUGAACUCGCUUUAGUUUCUAACAAAACAGAUAAUCUCCUUGACAUGAACGAUGACAGUGAAAACGCGGUGGUACAGUUACAAAGGACUAUAAGAAAGGCAUUCCGCGGAGAAAAAAUAAAAGGAUUGAAUUUCGAACUUAAAAUAAAUGAAAAAGUAAAGAAUAUUGAAGCGUAUUGUGUAAACUUUACAAUAACAUCUGGACAACUUAUUGACGAGUUCAAGAAAGAAGUUGCUAUUGAAACCAAAGAAUUUGUAGCCGAGAUGAAUCAAAAAGAAAUAAACAUUAGCAAUACAAUAAAUGACAUUAAAAUUGAUGCGAAUUCACGCUCCGAUGAUUUAGAAAAUGCAUUGUCUAAAACAAAGAAAAUACUUUCAAAUCUGGAAGAUAUUAUAUUAAAGGACAGGACAGAUGGAGGAUGGAGUAGUUGGGGUAGUUUUGGCUCGUGCAGUGACACUUGUGGUAGGGGAGUAAUGAUAAGAUCUAGAACAUGCACACAACCCAAGCCAUCUCUCAGAGGAAAACAUUGUGAAGGUUCUCCAGUACAAAUAGCAGUCUGUAACAGGAACACAUGUCCAGAAAUGAGAGUAUUUUUUACAGCAACUGGUAUAACUGGAAAGUACACUGCAAUAUUUCCAAGCAAUGUGCAAAACAAUGGCAACGGAUAUGACAAAUCUACGGGACACUUCAAAUGUAAAUAUCCAGGAAUAUACAUGUUCUCUUUUCACAUUUCAAAAGCUAGCGCUUCUUCAGGUAUCAUAUAUUGUAAAAUUUAUCUUAAUAAUUUACGAAUAGCAGGGGCCAGAGGGAGUGGUUUUUCUAUGAGUGUGUCCGGAACGUUUCAUUUAAAUACAAAUGAUGAGGUAUAUGUCGGUGGUUGUUAUGGAAUCGAUGAAGCUUUUAACGACUACGAUUCGUCAUUUACUGGGGUACUCGUAGUUCCAGAUAAUAUCUAAAAUUAUGAUUACUUUAAAAUGAUAAUAAUAAUAUGACAACACAAGAUUCAAUAUAAUAACAUUAUAUGACUAACAGUUUACAUGUGUUGCGUCCGACAGUUAAUGGAAAGAAACAUUGAUCUCGAAUUUAGAUGAUAUUUUUUUAACAAAAUACGUCAUAAAACAGGGAAGCAUGACAUUAAAUUCAACCGUAUAUUAUUUGAAGCUAAUCAUCUUAAGGAUAAUGGGUAUUAGACGACUAAUAAAAUAAAUUACAUAAAGCAAACAUCAUGUUUGUUGUGCAAGUCUGACUUUCUCAGAUGAGAACUGUUCAUCUAAAUCAAACAAAUCUAGAGAAGGUGCUGGUAAUGAUGCAUUUGAAUGUUCAAUUGCUGGAGAAAAAACAUCACUACUUUGAAGUUUGCGAUUAGCAUAUUUAGGCUAAUAUACAUGAGUUAUGUGUGUAAGAGGAAAACGGACAGUGCUGACAAUAAGGAAUUCUAUUUCUGUCAUAAAUAAAAUCAUUAUUUGUUGUUGUUUUUUAUGAUUCCGGUGAAUAUCUUAAUUUAGUGAAAAGCUUUAUGCUUAAUUCAUUAUGACAUUCUGUUUCGGUGAAUUUCACAUUAGCCAGGGACAAAACUUUACCUUAUCAGCAUAUAAUAAUUGUAAGAUAAUGUAUGAUAACCGACGAUAACCAACGAAAUAAUAUGUUAUAAUUUGAAAAUAUUUUAUUAUUUAUAUAUUAUAACCAUUAUAACAUACGCUUAUUUUGGUGUUUUAUGAUAACGUUUUUUUUAACAUAUGAUAACCUUUCAUAGCAUUUAGUGACAGAUGAUUACAGAAGAUAAAUAAUGUGUAUUGGAUUAUGAUGACGUAUAUUUUACAUCUAAAUAAACAUUUGAUUUUAUUACAUGUGUAAAUUUCCAUAGCAUUUGAUAACAUCGGGUAAGAUUUAAUGACAUCACGCACAUUUACAUAACCUUAGAUAACUUUAACAAUAUUUUUUUUUCGUUCAAAUGGCUACCAUGAUUUUUUAUGAAAUAUUAUGAUUGUGUAGCUAUUUAAGAUUUAACUCUUUUUUUCCGAAAUAUAUUGAAAAUUGUAUAAUUAUUAUGGUACACACCAGAAAGCGAAGAUAACUGUUACAUGACAAAUAAACUAACGAAUAUAAUGUUUUAUUAUAUGAUCUAAAUAUAGCUGCAAUCUCAUUGGUCCAAACAGUAGUCAACAGAACUUUUUAUAAAAUCAUAUUUACUGGGUUCACUGGCUGAAUUGGAUUUUCCCAGUCUUGAAAUAGAUUGAGACUCGUAUUCAAUGAUCAUACACCGUAGACUGUUAAUUACGCGUGUUAAUUAAAUAAUAAUUGUUGCGUUUUUUUUCUUUAUGGCAUAUUUUUCGAUUAAAAUAUCAAUACUUUACUAUUAUACUCAAGGGUUACACCGCAAUAAUGAGUAUAAACUGGAAUUAUUUUUGUAUGCGCAGCGUUCGCGUAGUCGUUGCACGCCUAACACGUGCGUCUUUCUUCCCGCGCUUCAACGAGGCAAAAUUUGUACAUGUAUAAUUAUAAGGUUGCACUUUUGUGAUUUUUUUAAAUUUCUUAGCCUAUUCAUAAAAUA